AUGGCUUGCCCAAUCACUAUUACGAAGUUCGUGGGAACUGUGUCGCUCGGUCUACUCACGGGCAUAUCCUACUCAACCGCUGCAAUUACCGUUCCAUCGCUCAAGCUUCUGCCUACCUCCACCACAGCCUCCCGUUGUCUGAACGAGGUGAAACGUCUAAACCGCAGGCAUGCGGUACGCCUAUCCAGCUUAACCAAUGCCUGCAUUUUAUUCGCCUACACCCUCUCCUCUCCACGCCGCAGACACCCCUACCUUGUCUGGAUGUGUGUGGCCUCAACCUUGAGCUCCCAUGGAUUGGACCUGUUCUUCAACCGUCACCUGGGUUUCAUGAACUGGGUUUUCGUCACUAUCCAAGAUACCACCGGCUUGAACCUGAGCAGCGUAUCUCCGAUAAAGAAGGAUGACGACCUUGUCAUGGUUGGAACCGAUGAGGAUGUCAACGGAGAGAGUGUGCAGCGCGAGAUGGACCGGGAGCGUCGACUGCAGCGUGCGCGUACCUGGAUGGCUGGUAUUGCCUUCUCUAUGGGAAUUGUUGGUCUUUGGGGCGACAAGAAGUGA